AUGCGAGUAGCUUUUCGGAAUAAACAAAGUUUUUAUAAAAAUGUGAAAUGCUAUUUGGAAAAUACUACCUUGCACGGCUUAAAGUAUUUAGCUGAGGAUAAAAUUACCGUAACGGAAAGGGUAUUCUUUGGUUUGUCAUUUGUAUUAGUGGUCACGCUUUCAUCAUUCUUCAUUUCAAAUAUAUAUGGGAAAUGGUCGGCAUCGCCUAUAAUUGUUACAUUAAGUGCUAAACAAACUAUGGACACUGAUAUACCAUUCCCGGCUAUAACAAUUUGUAACUUAAAUCAGGCUCGAAAAAGCAAAGUUCAGAGUAUUGGAAAAAGCAGUUCAAAUUUUUCGCUGAUAUUAAGUUUAUGUAAUCAAGAGUCUAACGACCUGAAUGUCACUUAUGUGGGAACUUGGAAAAAUUUUAAGGCCAUCUUAACUAAGGUAGCUCAGCCCUGUAACGAGAUGUUACUCUAUUGUAGUUUUGGCUCACGCAUAGAAAACUGCUCGAGCAUAUUUCGUACGAUACUUACCGAUGAUGGCCUCUGUUGUACAUUUAACGCUUUGGAUCCAAAGUAUCUGUUCAUGAAUUACAGUGAGGAUAAUCUUCUAAGAUCGCAUGAGGAUGAGGAAUACACUGCAAUCGAUUGGACUCCCGAUAAGGGUUAUGGUAAAAAUUUACCUGUAAAGUUUUCGCCGCGAACAUCAGGUGGUAUUGGUAAGAAUAUGGGUUUAACGGUCAUCUUAAAUGCGUCAUCCGACGAAUAUUAUUGCAGUAAAACAAAUAGCGCAGGAUUUAAGUUUCUUGUUCACAAUCCGGCCAAUUUACCAAAAAUUUCGAAUUACGGCAUCCUUUUGGCGGCAGGACGAGAGGCUUUCAUACCUGUAUAUCCAAUUUAUGAGGAUGCUGGACCUAAAAUAUACUCCCAUAAGCAAGCAGUGCGCCGUUGUCUAUUUUCCGAUGAGGGCAACUUGACUUACUAUCGAUCAUAUUCCCGCGAAAACUGUCGAUACGAAUGUGAAGCCCGUCUCCUCCAAAAAAUAUGCUCCUGCGUGCUCUAUUACUUACCACGUAGCGAUCCUACUAUUCGUAUUUGCGGUCCUAAUGAUAAUCUAUGCACUAGACGCUUAUUAAUGAAAAUUGAAUCGACCAACGAUUCACUAGCAUGUGACGGUUGCUUGCCAGGUUGCUUCGAAUUAUCAUACCGUACGGGUUUGAGUACAUCGCCAAUGAUUGCUGGCACUUUCGGUAAUUCCAAUGGUGGAUAUCCUGAAGGAAUUUUCAACAGUACCACUGGAAUUCGUGAUGUAUCGAUAGUGCAUUUCUUCUAUACUACAAACACAUUUCGUAGCACUACGAAAUCGGAAAUCAUAGGUCUCACAGAAUUUUUAUCUAAUACUGGUGGCAUCCUAAGUCUAUUUAUGGGUUUUAGUAUAUUCUCCGUAAUUGAAAUCUUUUACUACGCAACCUUGAGACCUUAUUGUGUCGCGCGUACGAAUAAAAAGAGUCGUAUUGUUUCUCAAGAGGAUAUCAAGUUAGAUGAAACUCCUCCCAUUGACGGUGAAAUAAAAAUGAGAGCAAAUAUCAAUUGUGAAAAACAGAUAUUCGAUUUUUUGAAAUCAUGUGGUAUUGAACAUCGAAAUCGUGCUUCGAAAUAG